AGGGGCGCUGCCAUGUUGGAGGAAGCGGUGCCUUCUGUGCGGUGGAAAUGCUGUGGCUUCACCGGUAGCGUCGGGGAGCGCAGCCUCCUACCUUUCCUCCUCGCUCGAGUGUUGGUGCUGAGAGGCGGCGGUCGGCGGGAUGGAGAGAAGUAGGAUGAACCUGCCCAAGGGGCCGGACACGCUCUGCUUCGACAAGGACGAGUUCAUGAAGGAAGAUUUCGACGUCGAUCACUUUGUGUCUGACUGUAGGAAGCGUGUCCAGCUGGAGGAACUAAGAGGAUAUCUGGAACUCUACUAUAAACUUCUUAAAAUAGCCAUGGUCGAGCUCAUCAACAAGGAUUAUGCAGAUUUUGUCAACCUUUCCACAAACUUGGUUGGCAUGAACAAAGCCCUCAAUGAACUUUCUGUGCCUUUGGGACAGUUACGAGAAGUUCUGAGUCUCAGGUCACCAGUCAGUGAAGGAAUUCGGGCAGUAGAUAAACGAAUGUGUAAACAAGAGGACAUAAGGAAGAAAAAGCGUAUAGCCCACAUUACGGCCAUGCUGCAGCAGGCCCUGGGAGGCCUGCUGCUAGAAGGGCUUCAGACUUCCAAUGUGGAUAUCAUACGGCACUGCCUCCAGACUUACGCUACAAUUGACAAGACACGGGAUGCAGAGGCGUUAGUUGGUCAAGUACUGGUGAAACCGUACAUGGAUGAGGUGAUUGUAGAGCAGAUUGUUGAGUCUCAUCCGGACGGCCUGAAGAUCAUGUAUGCUAAUAAGCUCCUGGAGUUCGUUCCUCACCACUGCCGCCUUCUUCGAGAGGUCACAGGAGGAGCCAUCUCAAGCAGGAUGGUGGAAUGGGUACGUGGCUGAGUGCCUCCCGGGUCUGACCCUGUGUGACGCCCCCCGGUGCCUGCAGCUGCCCUCUGGAAGGUGUUGCUUUUGCGGCAGAGCCGGAGGGCACCAAGCGUGUGUCUGUCUCCAAAGUCCUGGGCACCACAUCACAAUGCCUUCCUGAGAAGCAGAAUCAAGGACAGUUGCUGAUCUUCAUUCCUUCCCACCAAAGGUAUCUCAUACACCAUCUUUGGAAGUUGGAGCCAGGGGGCGCCUAGGU